AUGUCAUUGCCAUUCAUCCGCUCGGAGCCAGACUUCCCACAGCCAUUGAUUGACUGGGGCCUGUACACGGAACCGMAGGUCAAUGGUAAGAUUCUACGAUACACUCAAGGUAAAAACCUUGGUGGAUCAUCCGGACGUAAUCAGAUGCUGUACCAUCGGGCUACGAAGGGCUCGUACGAAUGGUUCGCGGACCACGUUGGAGACCAAGCCUACACCUAUGAGAACAUGGAGAAGUUCUUCAAACGGUCAAUGAACUUUUCGGAUAACGCAGAAAGACGCGUUGCAGGCUACAGCCCGAAUUACGACGCUUCUGCUUUCUCGUCGGAGGGAGGUCCUCUUCAAGUGACUUACCCUUCAGAGACGAACCCAUUUUCGCAGUACGGUCCUGCAGCAUAUUCUGCGGUUGGAAUGAAGUCUCAGGAUGGCUCUUCUAGCGGUAUCUUGGAUGGGUACGCCUGGUGGCAAUACACCAUCGAUCCAACGWCAGGCCUUCGAAGUUCCUCGGAAAGCUCCUUUUUGACCAAAGCCUUCGAACGUCCUUCGUUGACGACAUACCUAAAUGCACAAGCCCGGAACAUCAUAUUUGAGAACAACACAGCCACCGGUGUCAAUGUGACCAUCAACGGCAUGUACCCAUUCACCCUGACCGCUCGAAAAGAAGUCAUUGUCUCGGCAGGAGUGUGGCACUCGCCUCAACUCCUCAUGGUGUCUGGAAUUGGCCCGGCAGAGACUCUCAACAAAUUCAACAUCUCCAUGGUAUCCGAUCUCCCAGGAGUURGGCAAAACAUGUGGGACUCAUGUGCCAUCAACGGACCUCGCUACGAGAUCGACCUUCCAGAAAUCACGUCAAUGGCCGCCAUCUCCGAAUCAGAGCGUAUGCACCAAGCAGUACAGUCACUACUCACGAACGCUACUGGUCCACUUACCAAUGAGGGCUCCAAUGUCGUUGGGUGGUACCGCUUCCCCGAGGCUGUUCGCAACAAUCUCAYAGCCGCAGCUCGCGAGGCUCUGGCGAAGUUUCCAAGUGAUUGGCCCGAGGUUGAGUUCAAUCUUGCUACUUCUGCGACUUCACUGUCCGUCACCAACACCACCAAGCUGACGGGUUCGAUCGGUGCCCUUCUUGUCAAGCCACUUUCUCGAGGCAAUAUGACGAUCCGCUCGGCCAGCAAUCUUGACGCCCCCGUUGUCAACCCCAACUGGCUACGAGAUCCGAUCGAUCAGGAAGUCGCAGUACAAGCUUACAAAGUGGCGAGAGAGAUGUGGCAAGCUAUUCCCAUCAGAGUCGGCGACGAGGUCUUUCCAGGUAAAAACGUCACCACUGAUGCCCAGCUCUUGGAGACGGUCGUCAGCCAAGUCAGCGUCAUCCAUCACUCUUCGGCUUCUUGUGCGAUGGGCAAAAGUGAUAACCCGGAUGCUGUGGUUGAUUCCAAGGGUCGUGUGUUUGGCGUGCAGAAGUUGAGGGUUAUUGAUUCUUCAAGUCUGCCUUUCACUCCUCCGGGUCAUACACAGGGUACAACUUAUGGGCAUGCUGAGAAGCUCGUGCAGGAUGUUCUGGAUGCGCUGAAUGGAGAGGAUUGA